AUGGUGUCGGCUCGCGGAAUCUCUCUCCUCCUCCUUGAGUCCAGAAGCAGCCACACACUAUCUUCAUCUCCCCAGCAUUGUGGCCCCGGAGGCGAGGUGACUAUCCCCCCACCCUGCCCCUGCGUCGCGGCGCGUCGCACUGCUGCUCCCGCCCCAGUCGGGGCCGAAGAUGGGGCGGCGGCUGCGGGUUUCCACACGACUUCCUUGGAUCUCGGGGCACACGCGCCGAUAGUUCGGACGCGGGUCCGGGCUGGUUUUGCUCCAUUUUACAGCGUUUUAUUACUAAUUAAAAAGCUUUGCAUUCCCAGUCGCCCCGGCCCGCUUUUCUCCUGCACUCUCCCCUCGGCCCCCGUCCCCGCCCCGCGGGGCGCUGGAGGGGGCGUCGGGGCUCGCGCGCCAGAACCCGGCACCUCCGAAGCCCCUCCGGGCCCCGCCGCCCCCCUCGGGCCUCCCGGCCCCCGCCUCCUCCCCUUCGCCCCCACCCAACGGCUGCUGCUUCGGGCUUCGCGGCUCAAAAACAACAGCGGAGGCGCCGCCAGCUCUGCGCACCGCCACUGCCCAGGCCGGCGGGCGGCACUCGGACCCACCGCCCUCGGUCCCUCGCGAGGCCGCGGAGGCCAACACGCCUCGCAAGGGGGGACAGCGCGGGGGCGGCCGUCCAAACACCAGGCGUCCUCGGCUGGUUGUCCCAGGGCGCCCGCACCUCUCCGUCCGCGCCCUCCUGCCGCCGCGCCCCCCAGCCCCCAAACUCCGAGGCGCUGCGGCGGAGGGGCCGGGCUAAGCGCAGGCAGGGUGGCCCCGGCCCAGGAACCUGACGGUCCAAGUGCGGAUUUCUCAUCUGAGUAUCUGGGAAUCGAGAAUGAAUUGGAAGAAAACCGAGGCGCUGCCCUGGCCGGGUUGCUCCCCCGCACCCUUCCGGAGCACCGAGGUCCUGCCCGGGAACGGGACUUGGAGCUGCCGCAGAGUCAGCCUGAGCCCGAGGCAGGGGUCGCGCCCGCGAUGUGGGGUCUCUCCGCCGCCCCGCGAGGCUCCUGGCCGUGCCCUCCCUGCCCUUUGUUGUGUAAUGAGACCUGUGGCGGCUCCACUGAGACCCACACGUGGAACUCCGCGCCUCCGCGUUAAAGGAGGUGAAACGCAGCAGCCCUGAGAAAUCCGAGACCCCGGUGUCCUAGCAGAGGCGCCCCGGAUGGGGAAGGGCGUGCGGCCGGCGCUACCCCAGAGGAAAAGCCCAGCGGAGCGGGGCUGGGCGGGAGCCGGCGGCGGCGGUGAGCUGGGCCUUCUGACUUGGAUCCUCCGUAGUCGGCACCACUUCCCUGCUCAGAUUCGAACCCAGAUGCGGCUCCCAUGGCUCCAGGGUGCCCAGUCUUGCAGCCAGCUCGCCGCCCGAACCCUGGAUGGAAGAAGCGCUCACUGGCCGCUACCUCUGCUGUUUCUGGCACCAGAUGGGCAGCUUCCGGGGACCGGCUUGCCAUCAGCAGGCACGAUGCUGUGGCCAUCCCAGUGGAACCCCUCUGCCCGGCGUUGUGUCCUGGCAUCCCCACCAGGGUGCCCCGCUGUCCUGCGCAGAUGUCAGGAGUAUCUGGAUGCCCCAUGGGCACUUCAACGGCCCAAUUCGGAGUUUUUUGUUUUGUUUUGUUUUAAGAGAUUGAGACUGUGAACCUGAACUCCCUUGAUCUCCUCCCGUUGGGCCCAGGAGGGAGCCUAAUCCAGGCCCAACCGGGCUCACUGAGAAGGUGCAGGAAGGCCCCAACGACUCCUACUCGUGUGCGGCCCUUACUGGGCCGGGACGCUGUAGUGGUCGAGCCGCUGGGUGUCUGCAACCGGGAGCUCCCCCGCCGCUGGGAGCAAUAAACGGAAUCGGUUUC